AUGAGUGUUGUAGCAUUGCCUUUGAGAGGCUUUAUAACAGGAAAUAGUGCUCGAUGUCUAUUGGGUUAUCCAACAAACAAUAUACCCAUCAUAUCCCCUUACCAUCUUGGUCAUCGACUUUACUCGACAAAGAACAACAACAAAUCACAACCACAACAACAAAAGAUUCAACCACAGGCAAUCGAUGCCAGUCUCAAAGCAAGACUACAACAAAAGCCCAAACAAGCACCAACAUCAGACAAUGGUGCCACUUCACAGACAGCCUUCACAUCAAAGAUGCAACUAAUGAGAGACUUCAUGCAAGACUCACUGUACAACGCCAAGUAUGGUUAUUUCACAAGCAAGGAGGUCAUUACCUCAAUCGAUCCAAAGGACUUUAGGGAUCUCAGUUCUCUUAAGAACAGGAGGGAGUACUACACCUACCUGAGCGACCUUUACAGGCAAUCACAGCAUUCCUGGUUCACACCAGUAGAGAUAUUCCAGCCCUACUACUCCAACGCAAUUGGACGAUAUAUCAUUGAAACAUUUACAAAGAGCCAAACAACAGCAGGAGCACCACUAAAGAUAUUUGAGAUUGGCGCUGGCUCUGGUACCAAUGCUCUAUGUAUUCUCAACUUCUUGCGAUCACAACACCCAGAACUAUACGCGACUACACAGUACACCAUCAUUGAAAUCAGUAGACUGUUGGCUGAGAAGCAGCUCGAAAGGAUCAAGGCGGAGCAUCCAAACAUCAAGGUGCAGGUUUAUAACACAUCGAUAUUCAACUGGACACACCGAAUGGAGGAGGACGAAUGCUUCGUCCUCAUGACAGAGGUCAUCGACAAUCUGCCACACGAUAAGAUCCUCAUCAAUGCCGAUGGCAUCUACGAGACAGUUGUCCUGUCACCACAAAGCUCCCAAUACUACGAAGGUGGAGAUGAGCAACAGGUGCACAUAGAGUAUCAACAGGCACUGUCCGAUCCAGUCAUCCGCGAGUUCCUUCAGCUGGACAAUCAAUCGGGAAUGGAGACACUGGGGAGUAUAGAGCAGGGCAAGUUAAAUAGGAGUACGAGCAUCACUUAUCUGUAUCAGUCACUGAAGAACUUCUUCCAAGGCGAUCGCAGCAUUGUCUACGUGCCCACUGUGUGUCUCAAGAUGUUCCAGAUAUUAGCCAAGUUCUUUCCACGUCAUCAUCUAGUCCUGGCAGACUUUGACUUCAUCCCCUCAUUGGUCAAGGGCGAGAAUGCCCCCACUGUCCAGGAGAAGCGUCCAAUUGAUGGCACAUCAAAUAAUGGUGACUAUGAGUCAAUUGACCAUCCCAAUGUCACUGUGCCCCUAGGAAGCUGCGACAUAUUCUUUCCCACCAACUGGGGCGAUCUCCACCGUAUGUACGUCAAGACCAAUGAGCACCGAGCUCAUUUUGCUCCAAACCAGGUCAAGUCAUACAAGCAGGGUGACUUUCUGAAGAGUUACAUAGAUGAUGAUCCACCUUGGGUCUUUAAUCGAUUUGAGGGUGCCAAUGAGGAGGUGAAGGUAGGAGAGGUGCCAUUAUUAUUAUUAUUAUUGUUGUUGUUGGUGCCACUAUUGAUUGGACUGCUUUUGUUCUGA